AUGAUUUGCUCAACGAGGUAUUCACCGGCGGUCUUCGCCCUCAUGCUCUCCAAAUCCCCAUCUCUCCGGCCGCGACCUUCCUCUGUUCUUCCUCCAAUCUCCUCUUCCACCUCCGAGAACCUCAAUUCCGCCCGUUCUUCCAUUAAACCUCUUUACCUCACCCCUAGCUUUGGCUUCGGAUCCCGCGAUGGAUCCGUCCCUGCCGCCGAGCCUCGCGGCCUCUCCUUCAAACGCACGGCCUACGAGGCCAACAGUGCGGAGGGCAUUGCUCUCCCGAGCGAGGAGGCGCGCUCGGCGGCGGCCCAGAAGCUCAAGAUUGGGAUCUACUUCGCCACCUGGUGGGCUCUCAACGUUGUGUUCAACAUCUACAACAAGAAGGUCCUCAACGCCUUCCCCUACCCCUGGCUUACCUCCACCCUCUCCCUCGCCGCCGGCUCGCUCAUGAUGCUCAUCUCCUGGGCCUCGCGAGUCGCCGAAGCCCCCAAGAUCGAUCUCGAUUUCUUGAAAGCCCUCGCGCCGGUGGCGGUGGCGCAUACGAUUGGACAUGUGGCGGCGACAGUGAGCAUGUCGAAGGUGGCGGUGUCGUUCACUCACAUAAUCAAGAGCGGAGAGCCAGCAUUCAGUGUUUUGGUGUCGAGGUUUUUGUUAGGGGAGACGUUCCCCGUGCCCGUGUAUUUGUCGUUGGUACCGAUCAUCGGCGGUUGUGCUCUGGCGGCGGUGACGGAGCUCAAUUUUAACAUGACUGGUUUUAUGGGUGCAAUGAUAUCAAACCUUGCUUUUGUUUUCCGGAAUAUAUUCUCAAAAAGAGGGAUGAAGGGGAAGUCAGUUAGUGGGAUGAACUAUUAUGCCUGUCUGUCAAUUCUGUCUCUGUUGAUACUCACGCCAUUUGCAAUUGCUGUGGAGGGCCCGCAGAUGUGGGCUGCUGGUUGGCAGGAAGCUUGCUCUCAGAUUGGUCCCCAGUUCGUCUGGUGGGUAGCAGCUCAGAGCAUCUUCUACCACCUGUAUAACCAGGUCUCCUACAUGUCGCUAGAUGAAAUUUCUCCCUUGACAUUUAGCAUUGGUAACACAAUGAAGCGGAUAUCCGUGAUUGUCUCUUCCAUCAUAAUUUUCCAUACUCCUAUCCAACCCAUCAAUGCCCUUGGAGCUGCCAUCGCCAUCCUUGGAACUUUCCUUUAUUCUCAGGCUAAGCAGUGAAAGCUUCUACUGUUUAGAGGAUCCUGUAACUAGAUUGGUUUUCCGUUUAUUGUUCGCGAGUACCUUGCGUGGUGCAAUAGGGGGGGAUCAAUUUUGAACAGGCAGCAGCAGCUCAUUGUAGAUACAUGGUUUAUGGAGAAAACUUAUAGUCGGUAGACUAAGUUUGAUGUUCGGGUACCACGGGAGUAGCUGAUUAUCAUCUAAAGAUGUUCGCAUUAGGAGUUUUAAGUAGCAUAGUACUAGAUAAUGUUUGAGAUAUAUUGGUACUGUUCUGAGGCAAAAAUAAUGGACGGUUCUCUUUGUUCCGUCUUUUUCCAAUUCACUGUGUAUGAUGUCCUUUUGUCGCCUGCUGUAAUGAGAGGGAAAGUUGGAAUGUUGGCCGUCAAA